AUGUUGGGGAUCUUCAGUAGCUCCGUCGUGUCUCCACCGGAAGAGCUGGUGGCAGCCGGUAGCCGAACACCGUCUCCAAAGACGACGGCGAGUUUGCUUCUGAAAAGGUUCGUUGAGAGGAAGGCGUCGGCGGUGUCGCUGCAGGUUGGGGAUGAUGUGCAGUUGGCUUACACGCACCACGAGGAGUCGCCGUGGCAUCCCAGAUCAUUUGCAGUGAAGGAUGAUAUAUUCUGCUUAUUCGAAGGAGCUCUAGACAAUUUAGGGAGCUUGAGACAGCAAUAUGGACUUGCGAAAUCUGCGAAUGAAGUCGUUCUUAUGAUCGAAGCUUACAAAGCUUUACGCGACCGAGCACCUUACCCUGCCAACCAUGUUGUUGGUCAUCUUAGUGGUAGUUUUGCCUUCAUUGUUUUUGACAAAUCAACUUCCACCCUCUUUGUUGCUUCUGACCAAUCUGGAAAGGUUCCUCUGUAUUGGGGAAUAACCGCUGAUGGGUAUGUAGCUUUUGCUGAUGAUGCUGAUUUGCUUAAAGGUGCUUGUGGAAAGUCACUCGCUUCGUUUCCUCAAGGAUGUUUCUACUCGACCGCAGUUGGAGGAUUAAGAUGCUACGAGAAUCCAAAGAAUAAGAUUACUGCAAUACCAGCUAAUGAGGAAGAAUUUUGGGGUGCAACCUUCAAGGUGGAAGGGGCAGCGGUUGUUGCAGCGACAGAGUAA